CGCCUCUCUUGCCUCGAGCGCAGUGCGACGUCGCGACGCGCCACGUGCGGUGGCAACACACACCGGGGGAGGUACAACGUACAAAAGUCACUUUCUUCCUUCCCAUCGUGUAUCGUCGCGCUCAACGCCGUUUUCAUCCACACGCGUCUUUAUCGUGCUAUACCGGUCCAGUUCUUGAUAUUCCGAAAAUUUCGUGUCCUAUUACCGCAGGGUUCUGCUAUCGUAGUGUUCACCGAUUAUAUAAGGGGCCAUCGUUCUAAGUAGCUCGGUGAGGGUGUGAGAGCGAGAAAGAGACACAAAGGGAGUGAGGUAAAGAGAGAGAAAGAAAGAGAGAGAGAGAAAGAAAAAGAAGAGAGAGAGGGAGUGAGAAAGAAGGGGAGAGGGAGGACGAAAAGAAGGAACGAGAAAGAGAGGAAAGGAGAGAGGCACGAGUCGAAGGACGGAGCAAUAUCGCACAAAAAAAGGCGAAAGGUAUGGGGAGGGGAGGCGAGUAAAAGAGAGGGCAAGAAGGGGAUCGAGAAGUCGAUGAGAAAGAGAGGAAGACGCGGGUUGCAUUUCGAAUUAGCCUUUGCUAAUCUAGCCGAGUAUUAGGUUACCGGGCCUUGGAUCGUGUUUGUGUGUAAGCGUGCGCGAGUGUGUAUUCGAAAAUAAGAGGACAACCGAGUCGACGAUAUUGCGUAUUUUCGUCGACCUAGAGAAUGUUUAUUAUUCGCGAGGAGGUCGAAAGCUUUGGAAACGCGACAAUAUCUUAACGACGCACAUUACGUUCGGUGUCGCGUCGCGUCGCGCACGCUUGCUUCGCGUUUCGCGAAUCGUCGACACGAUGGAUCCUUGCGAAGCCACUGAUACGAGUGAAAAGAAGAUGCGUUUAUAAUUUUUCUAUCGUGUUUAUGCGUUCUCAAACGUGAAUCGAACGGCGUAUUAAUCGACGAGAACAUCGCGAGUGCUUUUUCGAACGAUCGUCCUCGUGACGUGUGACGUUGCACCAUUUUCGCGCUCAAAAAAACGAACGGACUGCUUGUGACUCUGUGAUUUUGAAUUUUUUCGUUAUCCGAGACUGAUUUCGGUGUGGUUUGGACGUGAAUAAUCGAGCACUCGUCUUGAAAAACUUGUGAAUACAUUGCACGUUGUCGAAACCACCGACGGAAGAUGCCGCCGACCGAUCGUCUUGGGACGUGAGUGAAAAUUUCCAUAUCGACAAAGUGCCGAUCAGCCACGGGUUUAGAGGGUCCACAACAUUUUUACAAUCACGGAGGACAGUAACAACAAUAUGUCUUACCUCGCUCUGGACUCCAACGCCUGGCAGGUAAGUUGUGACCGGAGAACCGCGGUGAACGUUUGGAUAAUAUUUCGGCGGUAGAGCUCAGAAUGACGUUCAGAUGCAUGCCAGCCUUUCAGACUCUCGGAGGCGGCGACUGCGGUGCAUCCUGGGACCGUUUAACUGGUCACGGGGGCAUUUCCUCGCUGGGCGGUGGAAACUCGUCGCCUUAUUCAGGCGCCCAUCACCACGGUCACAGAGGCAAUGGAAACGGAAGCGGGAUGCCCCAUCACGGUGGCGCAUCGUUGCCCACCGCCUCCGACUUUCAACCACCGUACUUUCCACCCCCGUUCCCCUCGCACCACCACGCGCCGGCGAGUCCUCAACAUCCGGGCCUCGGCCAGCCGCAACAUCUCGAUUACCUCGUCGGCGAUCCGUACACGCAGACGCUCAACACGUUGCAUCAACAUCACUAUAAUCACUUGAGCGCCGCUGUCACGGCUGGCCAAAGGAGCGGCGAUCUUAGGAGGGACGCGGAGGGUAUCCAUGUGACGAAUAUGCACGCGUCGUUUCCGUACGACGGUGGACGCAGUAGCGGCGGAGGCGGAGGAGGCGGAGGCGGAGGUGGAGGUGGAGGUGGCGGCGGGCGAGGCGUCGAAUAUGGCGCUGUCCGCCGUCCUGACGCCCUUCUACCACCCCCAGGCCUCGACCAAACCGACCUCGUUCUCCACAGCAGCCUCGUAGACGACCCCCAGGUGAGCGACGAUAACACAAACGUGGACGAUGGAGGGUUCAUGAACGAUCUCCCUCUCCUAAAAAACAUGAAACCAUCGGACAGGAGCGAGAAGGCGAUGCUGACCGGGAACGCGCAGCCUUCGGACGUGUUCUGUUCGGUUCCAGGACGAUUAUCGUUACUAAGCAGCACCAGCAAGUACAAAGUUACGGUAGCCGAGGUACAAAGACGACUAUCGCCACCGGAAUGCUUGAACGCGAGCCUCCUCGGCGGGGUCUUACGGAGAGCGAAAUCCAAAAAUGGCGGACGUCUGCUUAGGGAAAAAUUGGAAAAAAUUGGGCUGAAUUUGCCAGCAGGAAGAAGGAAGGCUGCCAAUGUCACGCUCUUAACAUCCUUAGUGGAAGGAGAAGCCAUUCACCUUGCCAGAGACUUCGGCUACGUGUGCGAAACCGAAUUCCCUGCGAAACAAGUUGCCGAAUACCUCAGUCGGCAGCAUUGCGAACCGCAAGAUUCCUACAGGAGAAAAGAACUUCUUCAUGCCACCAAACAAAUCACCAAAGAGCUGAUGGAUCUUUUGAACCAAGACAGAUCGCCACUUUGCAACACACGACCGCAACACAUCCUCGAUCCAAGCAUACAGAGACACCUAACACAUUUCUCUCUCAUAUCACACGGAUUCGGAAGCCCUGCAAUCGUAGCCGCUCUUACGGCAAUACAGAAGUUCCUAAGCGAAUCCCUGAAUCAUCUGGAGAAGAUGUAUCCAGGCAACGGAAGCGGCGUGACAAGUAGUCAGCAGUCGAGCCUCGACACGAACAAGAGCAAGGACGGCACGUUGAUGAACGACAUGAAGAAGUGACGCCCAGAUGACCCGCCUACCUCCAACGUGGUCACUUCAAUUAGGCACUCCUGGCCGUACAACUGAGCUUUCGCGAGCCUUUUCUUUUUCUCUAUCCUAAUAUCGCGAACAGCUUCUGAUGGACCACUGAGACGACACGUAUGUCCGCGCUCCACCCACGAGCUCCGUUGUAAUAAUCAAAAAAAGAAAAAAAAAAGAAAAAAAAGAAAAAAAGAAAGUGGGGAAAAUAUAUAGAGGAAAAAAUAUAGGGAAGAGGAAGAGAGAUCUGUUCUACCCUCGAGGCCUACGUGCUCGCGGAUAUCCGUGUUCGCUGAGGUUGGCUGGUCGAAAGUGUUCUAGGUAAAUGAAUGACAAAGAAGUCACGAGAAAUGUGCAAUCUCUGUUAGUCGAUUAAAUCGAACGAGAGCCUCGUGGUGAGCCUCGCUCAACAAGCUUCGUCGAGGACAAGAUCGAGAGAGUCGAAACGAUCGGCAAUGGGAUAAUAAACGAAAAGAUAUUACUAUGCUUCAUUCCCUCUUGGAUCGACGACAGUCGGGACACGAUACCUACGUGUAUCGCAGUUUCGAAGAAACUACACGCGAGAUUCUACGGUUACGUUUAUCAACAACGAGAACGUGCUCUCGAUUAAGAGUGACUGUUAUCGGUUUGUUCUUUCCACUGCCUGUUUCAAUUCAGUUUGAGAACGCGCCUGUGCCGAGGAGAAGAAGGAACGUAUCGAUCGAUUCGACGGGAUCUAUACGAUCGUCGUGGCGUGCGAGAGAUCGAAAACUUUUCCAUUCGCGUCUUCCCCCGCUUGCUUUUCUCGUCGUACGUUUUCUAUCACGUGCGAUCGUUUCGAACAAACGAUCCCCCGAAAUGUUUAUACGCGCGUUGCGUAUUACUUGUGAUAGUUCUUUUUUUAGCGAUACCUCCAAACGUUUGUGCAAUCGAUUUUAAAACGGCCGCGGUGAUUUUUACAAAUUUCACGAUAUAAUAAUUGUAUAAUAGGGAAAUAUACGAUAAUAAAUAACGAUGUAAAAUUCGAACGAUGGCUAAGAAAUUGAAGAAAUUAUAACUGUUAUAACGGGAGAAAUACGGAAAGAUAUAUUUCGUAUUCGAAUGCCUUGAUCUUUGUGUCCCCUCUUUGUAACUCGCGAAUCGAUCGAUAAUCGAGAGCGCGCACAGAGGUAACAGCGACGAAAACAGCAGUUCUAACACCAACGUUUUGUUUUCUCUUCGUAUAAUUUUUCGACUAUUUAUAUAUUGCUCAAGCAUCUGCUACUCUUUGCUCAUUACCGAGCGUCCGACAUACGCGCAAUAAAUAUCGAUUACGACGCUGUUACGUAAGCAUUAAUAUUGUCAGCAUAGUGAUAUAUUGCUCUCUAUAUCGCGUACAAUUUAUAAUUUAACGAUUUUACAACGAUUGUAAAUCCGCUUGCGUCUUAUGGACCACACUUCUAUGAUUGAUCGAGUCCAUCACGCGUGGAAUAAUUUAACAUUUAAAUGUGAACACGUAUACAACGAUCGUUCCAUAUUCAUAUUCGUGUUGUGUGUUUUCUCGUAAACAUAAAUAAACAUUAUUUUUUUUCAAAUAUAAAUUUACGAUAUCCAUGAUUUAACAUAAAACUUCUAAUUGUGGACUCGGUCAUGAAAUUAUGUUUUAUAUUAUAUUAUUAUAUCCUUUAAGCUCUCGUUAGAAUAUCUGCGAAUCAAUUAUCCAUCGAGAAUGUAGAAGAGCAUACGCUCGAUCUCGAUCGCGUCGUGCGAGAUUAAAAAAAAAAAGGUGUCACAACGAACAAAAAGAAAGAAAAAAAAGUGAGAAUUCACACGUGCAACAGCCGUCCGAGGCUAAGAAAAAAAAAGUAUUAAUUUAGAAUCUUUAUCUAUUAAAUAGCCGAGCAAGUUUUAUUUAAAUCAAAAUAACGAAGGACGAUGAACGAUCAUUCCAAUAAUCGUUUGUUCAUCGCAAUGACCGAUUGUUAUAUUCAGAUUCAUCACGACGACACCGAGUUUUCGAACGAUUCCGUGGUAGCGAAUUAGGAAUUUACGAUACGAUAAUAGUUUUCCAUAUGCUCGAAUUUCGAUCGAGUUCGAUUCACGAUUCAUUCCACGUAAAGAUUUUCUUCUCGAAUAGCUGGAAUAGUUGAUGACACAUGACCGUGCGAAUUACGCUCUCCAAGCACUUUCUAUUAGCGAUUCGAUCAGUUGAACGAUGAUUUCAAUCGAGAAUCUUUUAUGAUCACCGUUAUGCUUAAAGUCGCAAUUCUCGGACAAUAUUUCGAUGCUUUGUUAUUACGCUCGAUUGAUCCAUUUCGUGUAAUGUAAUGUUUCAUAGAUUUGUAGCAUAAAUUCAAUAUAAUAUCACGGUAUGACCGGAUAGAUCGAAUAAACGAGUGACAUAUAUAAUUUCGUAAAUCGUUAUUGAACAACGACAUCGAUUGAGUUAUGUUCGUUUGUGCCAAUUGCCUCAUUAAUGCAAUUACAUGGAUUCAUCUAAUUGUUAAUCUAAAAAAUUUAACCCUCGAAAGCGAAUUUAACAAAUGGGUAAUUUUUAAUUGCAUAUUUUGCUCCUUGUUACUAUUUCUCUAAAAAUUCUGUUCACAUACAGCGUGUGUGCGAUCAUCGGUGUCGACAAAUUGAGAAAAAGAGAGAGAGAGAAAAAAAAAAGGAAAAAGAAGACAAAAACUCUAAGGAUCAUUUUAAUCGUGCCAAUACGAAAGUUGCCAUUUGAGAUGUGCCAAUUAACGAUAUCGAGUUUAGAAAUGUAAGAUCUAUCGACGAUUAGAAGCGAGUAGCCGAAAAUAUCUAAAUCGAACGAACAUCGUUCGAAUUUUAGAAGAAAAUAAGUUUCGAACUUUUAUUUCGUGAGAAUCACGAAAGAAAGUAUCGUGAGAGAAGAAAACGAUCUCGAUCAAUGGUAUCGAGGUUACUCGAAAAGUUUCGUGUAAGGAGGGGAAAAGAUAGGAAGAAACGCAGAGUGGAAUACACGAGAAAUUGCGUUGAAGUACAAUACCAGGUGAACCUGAGACAUAUCUAACUUUGUAAUUAAAUCUUAGGCGUAUGUAAAUGUAAGAUUAAGAAACCUGAUCGAACGUCUCGCGUUCCGGGAUAUUAUGUACAGAGUAUUUGAAUCUUUCUUGUGAUAUAAUCGUAAUAUUACUAAGGCAUAAACCGAACAAGACAAGAACGAAAGGAGGGAAAAAAAAAAAAAAAAAACACUAAAAUUACUAUUAUCAUUCCAUGUUUUUUCAUAGGUACUAGCGCGGUUGUAGAUGGCGCCACACACCAGACUUUUCGUUUACCGGAGACGCGCACCAUCGAACUUUAUUCGAAGCAACCAAACGCUAGUUACGAAUAGUUAUCAGACUUUUAUCGCAUCGACAAAUUUUAUUUCCAACGACGAACACGUCAUUUUUUCCCCUUACGACGUUGCGUACUACUUUGACCGCAAUUUUCUUCAAUGAAAAAAAAAAAAUUAAGAAGCAGAAAAAAAGAAGUUAUGGAAAAUAGGAAAACAUUUUUCCUUGAAUAUCGAGACCAACGCCGUGAGUUUAGUUAGAAAAUGAAAGUGAAAAGAGACGGUAAAAAGUUAGAGAAAAAAGACAGAGAAAAAUCCUUGAAUCCCCUUAUUUUCAUUCACGAAUACUUAGGCGACUUGUUAGAACGUAAGGUCCCGUAAAUUAAUACUUAUUUAUAAUCCUUAGAGCGACCGUAGAAAAACGUUUUUCUACCAGAAUUUCUGUGCCAACUGCAAAGAAUGUUGUAGACCAUUUUUGUUCGAAGUUGAAGCAUCAUUCUAAUCUUGUAAGAUACUCAGAUAUAUCUUUAUUAAAUAUAUUUGAAUUUCGUAGUAUAUUAUAUUCUGAUAUUGAUUAUACAGUUCAUUUUUGUAUAUUGGUGUGUGAUAAAUAAAUAAGAAUAUUGUUUCUAAGCAA